AUGGCGGCGGCUCUGUCGGGCCUGGCUGUCCGGCUGUCGCGCUCGGCCGCCGCCCGCUCCUACGGGGUCUUCUGCAAGGGGCUGACCCGCACGCUGCUCAUCUUCUUCGACCUGGCCUGGCGGUUGCGCAUCAACUUCCCCUACCUCUACAUCGUGGCUUCCAUGAUGCUCAACGUCCGCCUGCAGUUACGUUGCCUGUGGAAUCAAAUAUCUUAG